AUGUCUCCUCCUCGGCUCACUGGAGCCCUGCGCUCCUUCUCUAACGUCAGCAAACAGGAUGAUUUAACGCAGGACAUUUAUGAUCUGAAGACCAAACGCUUAAAACGACAGGAAAUAUUUGCCCGUGAUGGUCUGACAUGGCAGAAGAUAGUUCAGUUCUUCACCCAACAUCUACAGAAGAAAGAUCAGCCGGUGGCCACUCAGGAGCUCAAGAACAUCCUCCAAGCAGCCAAACAGAUCGUCGGUACAGAUUUCGGACAAGACACCAUUGAAAGUGCCGGGGUCUUCUUGUUUAAAACAUUCCACAACAAAGACCAAAUCGGUCAUGAGGAAACCCGGGCCAUAAAACACAUGUUUGGACCGUUCCCGGCGUCUGCUGCUGAAUUGUCCUGUGCAGCGGUGGGCCGUUUAGUGGCUCAGAUCGGAGAAUCUCAGGUGGAGGCUUUCAUACAAACGCAGAGUUCCCUCAAGACGCCGGAUCGUGGUUCUGUCUUUGGCCGAAACAUUGCUUUCUCAUUUGACACCUAUGUGCUGGAUGCUCAAGAUGAUUUUCCCUGGUCAGAUGGGACUGAUAUGGAACAGACGGUGGACUUUCACAGCUUUCUCAAUAAUAAUGUUGGUGAGAGAAGAGUUGGAGGUGUUUACUCUGCAGAAGAACUGGAGCAGAGGAACACAGACGGUUCCAUUCUGAGACAGGAGGUGGAGAAAUACCUGAAUGAGGGAAAUAUGGUGUCUUCCAGUGCCGAGGAGCUCUCCACCUCUCUUUUCGAAAUGCUGGCCUCCACAAGAAGCGAUGACGAACUACAAAACGAGCUCUUUGAGUUUCUGGGUCUUGAGGGGUUUGAGAUGAUCUCCAGGCUCCUUCAGAGAAGGUCGGACAUUGUUGAUGCUUUGGUGUCCAUCCCAGCAGACAGCAGGCAUCACUUCACAUCAGGAAAGCCUAAAGGUCUGCGAGAUGAAUCCAACAUGCCCACAUACGGCUGUCAGGUGACCAUCCAGUCUGAGCAGGAGAAACAGAUGAUGAAGAUCUACAGAAAAGAGGAGAAGAAGGAGAGAAAGCGCGAGAGACGAGGAGAUGAUGGGGAAUCCUCUGAAAGUGCGUUUCAUUUUGACCCCAUGGAGCUGAGACUGCAGAGGGAGCAGGCUUUGCUGGCAGCACGCUCGUCUCCAGUUUUGGGCCGGCACAGAGAUUAUGAGCGCAUUCGCUACCCUCACGUAUACGAUUCUUACGGCGAAGCCACCAAAACAUCUGCGUUCAUCGGAGGAUCCAAGAUGCUGCUGCCCGAGGGGAUCAGAAGAGACAAUAAUAAGAUGUACGAGGAGGUGGAGAUCCCCCCCAACGAGCCCAUGCCCAUCGGUUUUGAGGAAAAAGCAGUGUUCGUCUCGGAGCUGGACGAGAUCGGCCAGUUGGUGUUCAAGGGCAUGAAGAGGCUGAACAGAAUCCAGUCUAUAGUGUUCGAGACGGCUUACAACACCAAUGAAAACCUGCUCAUAUGCGCCCCCACCGGUGCCGGAAAAACCAACAUCGCCAUGCUCACAAUACUACACGAGAUCCGCCAGCACCUACAGCCUGGAGGAGUCAUCCGCAAGGACCAGUUUAAGAUUGUGUACGUGGCUCCGAUGAAGGCCCUGGCUGCUGAGAUGACUAAUUACUUCAGUAAGCGAUUGGAGCCUUUGGGCAUCGCCGUCAAGGAGCUGACGGGAGACAUGCAGCUGACCAAAGGAGAAAUCCUGCGCACUCAGAUGUUGGUGACGACUCCAGAGAAGUGGGAUGUGGUGACCAGGAAGAGUGUGGGCGAUGUGGCUUUAUCUCAGGUGGUCCGGCUGCUGAUCCUGGAUGAAGUUCAUCUCCUGCAUGAGGAUAGAGGGCCUGUUCUGGAGAGCCUGGUGGCCCGGACACUGCGCCAGGUGGAGUCGACCCAGAGUAUGAUCCGAAUACUCGGUCUCUCUGCAACGUUGCCAAAUUACCUGGACGUGGCGACUUUCCUCCAUGUGAACCCUUUCAUUGGAUUGUUCUACUUCGACAGCCGUUUCCGUCCUGUUCCACUUGGCCAGAGCUUCGUUGGCAUCAAGACUACAAAUAAGGUCCAACAGCUGCACGACAUGGAGGAGGUUUGUUAUGAAAAAGUCCUGAAGCAGAUUAAAGCGGGUCACCAGGUGAUGGUGUUUGUGCAUGCCCGAAACUCCACUGUCCGCACCGCCAUGAGUCUCAUCGAGAUGGCCAAAAACCGCGGAGAACUGUCCUUCUUUCAGGUCGACCAGGGUGCAGACUACGGCCAGUGUGAGAAACAGAUACAGCGCUCCAGAAAUAAGCAGAUGCGAGAGAUGUUUCCUGAUGGAUUCGGGAUUCAUCAUGCUGGAAUGCUGCGUCAGGACCGCUCCCUGAUGGAGAGCAUGUUUUCCAGAGGAUACCUGAAGGUUCUGGUGUGCACGGCCACACUAGCCUGGGGAGUCAACUUACCUGCACAUGCCGUCAUCAUCAAGGGCACUAAUAUCUAUGAUGCGAAGCGUGGAACUCUGGUGGAUCUGGGCAUCCUGGAUGUGAUGCAGAUCUUCGGUCGUGCCGGACGGCCACAGUUUGAUAAAUAUGGAGAGGGAACCAUCAUCACAACACACGACAAACUCAGCCAUUACCUGACACUGCUGACCCAGCAGAACCCCAUCGAGAGCCAGUUCCAGCAGAGCCUCGCUGACAACCUCAACGCUGAGAUCGCUCUCGGGACGGUCACCAAUGUCGACGAAGCCGUCCGAUGGUUGAGCUACACAUACCUGUAUGUGCGAAUGAGAGCCAAUCCACUUGCCUAUGGGAUCAACCACAAGGCCUAUCAGAUGGACCCGCAGCUGGAGCUCUACAGGAAGGAGUUAGUGGUGGAGUCCGGCAGGAAGCUGGAUAAAGCACGGAUGAUCCGAUUCGACGAGAGGACCGGUUACUUUGCAUCUACAGACCUCGGCAGGACAGCCAGUCACUUCUACAUUAAAUACAACACUAUUGAGUCGUUCAAUGAGCUGUUCAAUGCGCAGAACACUGAAGCAGACGUGCUCAGCAUCGUCUCCAAAGCUGAAGAGUUUGAGCAGAUCAAGGUGCGGGAUGAGGAGCUGGAGGAGCUGGAGAAGAUGUUGUGUAAUUUCUGUGAGCUGCCGGCGUCUGGAGGAGUGGAGAACGGCUACGGCAAGAUCAACAUCCUGCUGCAGACCUACAUCAGCCGUGGAGAAGUGGACAGCUUCUCACUCAUCUCUGACCUGUCAUAUGUAGCGCAGAACGCAGCUCGUAUCAUGCGGGCUCUGUUUGAGAUGGCUCUGAGGAAGCGCUGGCCGGCCAUGACCUACCGCCUGCUGAAUCUGUGUAAGGUGAUGGACAAGCGUCUGUGGGGCUGGGCUCACCCGCUCAGACAGUUCAACACACUUCCGGCUUCAGCGCUGGCCCGGAUGGAGGACAAGAACCUCACCAUCGACAAACUCAGAGACAUGGGCAAAGACGAGAUCGGUCACAUGCUGCAUCACGUGAACAUCGGUCUGAAGGUGAAGCAGUGUGUUCAUCAGAUUCCCGCCAUCCUGCUGGAGUCCAGCAUUCAGCCAAUCACCCGCACCGUUUUGCGCGUCCGCCUCAGCAUCACCCCAGACUUCAGGUGGAACGACCAGGUCCACGGUUCAGUUGGAGAGCCCUGGUGGUUAUGGGUAGAGGAUCCCAUCAAUGACCACAUCUACCACUCUGAGUACUUCCUGCUGCAGAAGAAACAGGUUGUGAGUGGAGAGCCGCAGCAGGUGGUCUUCACCAUCCCCAUCUUUGAGCCCAUGCCUUCUCAGUAUUACAUCCGCGCCGUGUCUGACCGCUGGCUGGGCUCUGAAGCCGUGUGUAUCAUCAACUUCCAGCACCUCAUUCUGCCAGAAAGACACCCGCCACAUACAGAGCUCUUGGAUCUUCAGCCGUUGCCGAUUACUGCUUUGGGAAACAGGGAGUAUGAGAGCCUGUACAAGUUCACACACUACAAUCCCAUUCAGACGCAGAUCUUCCACACGCUCUACCACACAGACACCAAUGUCCUGCUGGGGGCUCCAACCGGCUCCGGAAAAACCAUCGCUGCAGAGAUGGCCAUAUUCAGGGUCUUCAACAUGUACCCCACCUCAAAGGUGGUCUACAUUGCUCCUCUCAAAGCUCUGGUUCGAGAGAGAAUCGAGGACUGGAAGAUCAGAAUAGAAGAGAAACUUGGGAGAAAGGUGGUUGAGUUAACUGGUGACAAUACUCCGGACAUGCGAGCCAUAGCACAGGCUGACCUGAUCGUCACGACACCAGAGAAGUGGGAUGGAGUGAGCCGCAGCUGGCAGAACCGCAGCUAUGUGCAGAAAGUGGCCAUUCUCAUCAUUGACGAGAUCCAUCUUCUGGGUGAAGACCGAGGGCCGGUUCUUGAAGUCAUUGUGUCCAGAACCAACUUUAUUUCAUCGCACACCUCAAAAACGGUCAGAGUAGUAGGACUGUCCACCGCGCUGGCUAAUGCACGAGAUCUAGCCGACUGGCUGGGCAUCGGACAGGUGGGACUGUUUAAUUUCCGGCCCUCUGUUCGCCCGGUGCCAUUGGAGGUUCAUAUUCAGGGCUUUCCGGGGCAGCAUUAUUGCCCUAGAAUGGCCACCAUGAACAAACCAGUAUUCCAAGCAAUCCGUACCCAUUCUCCUGCCAAACCCGUCCUGAUAUUUGUGUCGUCCCGUCGGCAGACGCGGCUCACAGCUCUCGACCUCAUUGCCUUCCUGGCUACUGAAGAUGACCCCAAACAGUGGCUCCACCAGGACGAGAGAGAGAUGACUGACAUCAUCGCCACCAUCAGAGAGUCGAACCUGAAGCUGACCCUGGCGUUCGGGAUCGGGAUGCAUCAUGCAGGCCUUCACGAGCGGGACAGGAAGACGGUGGAAGAACUCUUCGUCAACUGUAAGAUUCAGGUGUUAAUUGCGACGAGCACGCUGGCGUGGGGCGUCAACUUUCCUGCCCACCUGGUGAUCGUAAAGGGCACAGAAUACUACGACGGAAAGACCAGGCGCUAUGUGGAUUACCCCAUAACAGAUGUUCUCCAGAUGAUGGGGCGGGCAGGGCGGCCGCAGUUCGAUGACCAGGGCAAGGCUGUUAUCCUUGUGCACGACAUCAAGAAGGACUUUUAUAAGAAGUUCCUGUACGAGCCGUUCCCUGUGGAGUCUAGUCUUCUUAGUGUGCUCUCCGACCACUUGAAUGCAGAAAUCGCAGCAGGCACGGUCACCUCAAAGCAGGACGCCAUGGAUUACAUCACCUGGACGUAUUUCUUCCGCAGACUGGUCAUGAACCCUAGCUACUAUAAUUUGGACGACAUCAGCCAUGAAACCAUUAAUAAAUACCUGUCAAACCUGGUGGAGAGGAGUCUGAGGGAUCUGGAAUGUUCCUACUGCAUGGAGAUACAACAGGACGAGCAAACCAUCGAGCCCCUGACAUACGGCCGCAUUUCAUCCUAUUAUUACCUGAAACACCAGACCAUCCGCAUGUUCAAAGAGCGCCUGAAGCCCGAGCUGCCGGUCCACGAGUUGCUGGCCAUCCUGUCGCGCACAGCUGCCCUGCUCCGACUACGGGACCGACACCAAAACUGUGCUGGACAACGCCAUACGCAUCUGCCAGGCUAUGCUGGAUGUGGUGGCGAAUGAAGGCUGGCUUGUGUCCGCGCUGAGUCUCUGUAAUCUGGUCCAGAUGAUCAUCCAGGCCCGAUGGCUGCACGAUUCCUCCCUGCUCACACUCCCUCACAUCCAGAAGCAGGAGCUCUAUGUCUUCAGGAGGUGGAGCUCCAGAGGUGUGAGGGCUGGAUGUGGCCACCAAGGCCCAAUCGAAGGUCUUCCUGAGCUGAUUGCUGCCUGUGAUGGAAAAGAGGACAUCUUUACGUCUAUGGUGAAGGAAGUGCUGCAACCCAAUCAGAUCUCUCAG